UUUAAGAAUUGACCCAUAAAAAUUAUUUAGAUGUAUUCACAAGAUGACACCUUCGGCUUUUCCAAUGAUAUGAACCUAGCUCAUGAAUCUGAGCUACAGAGACUCAGAAAUGAAAAUGAAAGGCUAAAAAUAAAUGUAAAAAAUACUAAGAAAAUUAUCAUGAAAACAUCCCAUGUAAUGGCUGCAGUAGAAGAACUCCAGCAGAAAUGAGAUGCUUUAGAAGAAGAGAACAGUAAACUUAAAUACCAAUUAUAUGUCAAGCAACUCUAUGACCCCAAGGUUGUAGAUAAAACUAUAAAAUCAAUCUACCAGGGAGAAGAUGCUGCUUCUGAUGUUCGACCAUCACCUCCAGAAUCUCAGGAUGCUGAGAUUGACCAGUUCAAGAAGGCUCAUGACAAAGAAUGAGGCUGUGAAGUAUUCCAAAAGCUUAAAUUCGUAAUGGAAGAAGCAGAGUUUUAUAAGAAACAGCUUAAUAACAAAAUGGUUUAUGAUAAAGACACUAUAAAACACAUGAAGAAGCUGGAGAAACAGAAUUUGAUUCAAGAGAAGCAAAUAGCUGAACUCAGAAGAGCUGUCUCUAGAUAUAGCCAAAUAAGAGAGAACGAUCAAGAAGUUAUCCAGAGUCUAACUCAUUUAGAGAGAGAAGACUCAUAAAAGACUUGCCUUUACUAAAUUCUAUAACAUUCCCUGUUUCAA